AUGGCAGAUCUCGGCCCUCCUUUCCAUCCCAUAGCGGGCAUUGCAAACUUCCGUGAUCUCGGCGGUCAUCCGCUGCCUAUAAAGUCCCGCCCCGGAUACACAAUCAGACCCGGCCUCGUCUUCCGCUCCGCAGAACCAUCCCGUCUCACCGAGGACGGCAUCUCGGCGCUGCAGGACCUCAAGAUCUCUCACGUCUACGACUUGCGCUCGCGAACUGAGAUCGAGCGCUACGCUACCGGAACCCGAGAGUGGCCCGGCGCCCAACGGGUCUUUACUCCGGUCUUCUUAGACGAGGAUUACGGCCCGGAGGCUAUUGCGCUGCGCUUUCGGAAUUAUACCGCCGAAGGAAGCCAGGGAUUCGUUGAGGCGUAUCGGGGAAUUUGGGAGACGGGAACGGAUUCUAUCAACACUAUUCUCUCACAUCUUGCCAGACCCGAUCCCUCACCCUUACUCAUUCACUGCACUGCCGGCAAGGACAGAACUGGCGUGGUCUGCGCUUUCAUCCUGUCUAUAUGCGGUGUGGAUGAAGGGACCAUUGCUCAUGAGUACGGCUUGACUGAGGUUGGCCUCGGUGACUUUCGAGAGGAACUCCUUGCUGCUGUGAUGAAGAGUCCCGAACUCAGAGCCAAUCCUGAAGGUGCUCAACGAUUACUGGGAGCCAAGCCUGAGAACAUGCUUGCUGCUUUGGAAGCACUUCGCAAACAGCAUGGCUCUGUCGAGGAGUAUGUGGUCAAGAACUGUGGUCUCACAGAGGAGGAUCUGGAGCAGAUUCGAAAGAACUUGAUCGUGCCCGAGGAGAGCAGGCAGUAG